AACAGCUUCGAGGCAGGGGGCAGCGGCGGAGACGCAUCUGAGUGUGACAACCAGUACCAUUCCGACGACAAGCCUAUAUUUGCACUCUCCAAGGGAUGGUUCAACAAGAAAAGCAGGUGUCUCAACUUCAUCAACAUUCAUGGGAAUGACAACACUGUCAGAGCCAUGGCAGUUGAUGAAUGCGACUCUCAGCCUCCUUGCCCUAACAACAUCUUCGACGCAUCCAAAGCUGUUUGGAAGGCGUCGGGUGUGCCUGAGAGUGAUUGA